AUGACACUCUCCAGUGGAGCACUUGUCGACUUACCUAACAGACAGCCCUCAAAAGAGCACCCUCUGAAUACGUCCACCACACCAACUGAAAGUGAAUAUCAGUCUGACAUGAGGAAAUCUAAAAGUGUCACUACUGAAGAAAGUACCCUGCCUAACACGUAUCCUUUCAAGGGCCAGUUUGAUCACCUGCUAUUCCCCACAAACCACGAUGAUAAUGAUACUCUCAGCAAAGAAACAGAUAUGGAGCAACAGGCUAAAAACAUCACAUCACGUAAUACUGAAAACAUAUUCCUGUAUUCAAAUGAAGACAACUCAGAUACUACUUAUGAUUAUGAAAAUAUAUUUUCCCAAAACGAAGAUGAUGCUAUGUCUACACCUGCUACUGAAAAAUUUGAUGAGACACUAAGCGUUGACUUCAACAUACGCCGAGGAAAGUUGAUAUCCCUGCAUUCAGAAAAUAAUAAUGAAAUAUCCACUUCUGAGGAAAUCCGACAGUCAACGUACAGUGAUUAUCAGUCUGAAGAGGUAUAUCAUAUGAACGAAAAUGAUAGCUUUGUCAUAGAGUCUGAAAAUCAAUUGGGAUUUUCAACAAACAUUUUGCUUGAUGAGUCAACAUAUUUAGAAUUUACAGUGUCUUCGGAUCAACCCAGUACCACAGCUGAAGUAAAAGAACCUUCUGAAGAGCUACAAAGUGAAUACUAUUCCACAGAUCAGACAGAAGCUGCACCUGAGUAUUCAGCAGAGGAUCAAGCCAGUACCAUAACUGAAGUAACAGAACCUACUACAGACCUACUAAGUGAAUACUAUUCCACAGAUCAGACGGAGGUUUCGUUUGAGAAUUCAACCAAGGAUGAAGCCAGUACCACAAAUGAAGCAACAAAAACUACUGCAGAGCUACAAAAUGAAUACUAUCUCACAGAUCAGACAGAGGCUGUAUCUGAGUAUUCGACAGAGGAUGAUGCCAAUAUCACAUCUACAGUAACGAAACCCUCUGCAGAGCUUCAAAGUGAAUACUAUUCCACAGAUCAGACAGAAGCUGCAUCUCAGUAUUCAACAGAGGAUCAAGCCAGCACCACCACUGAAGUAACAGAACCUUCUGAAGAGCUACAAAAUCAGACAGAAUAUGCACCUGAGUAUUCAACAGAUGAUCAAACCGGUACCACAACUGAAGCAACAAGAACUACUGCAGAGCUCCAAAGUGAAUACUAUCCCAUAGAUCAGACGGAGGCUUCAUUUGAGAACUCAACAGAGGAUGAAGCCAGUACCACAAAUGAAGUAACAGAACCUUCUGAAGAGCUACAAAGGGAAUACUAUUUAAGAGAUCAAACAGAAGCUGUAUCUGAGUAUUCGACAGAGGGUCAAACUGGUACAACAAUUCAAGCAACAGAAACUAGUGCAGUACUACAAAGUGAAUACUAUUCCACAGAUCAGAGAGAAUAUGCAUCUGAGUAUUCAACUGAGGGUCAAGCCGGUACCACAACUGAAGUAAAAGAAUCUUCUGAAGAGCUACAAAGUGAAUACUAUCCCACACAUCAGACACAGGCUUCGUUUCAGAAUUCAACAGGGGACGAAGCCAGUACCACAAUUGAAGUAACAGAAACUACUGCAGAACUACAAAGUGAAUACUAUCUAAGAGAUCAAACAGAAGCUGUAUCUGAGUAUUCAGCAGAGGAUGACGCCAAUACCACAUCUGCAGUAACGGAACCUUCAGCAGAGUUACAAAGUGAAUACUAUUUCACAAAUCAGAUAGAGGCAGCGUCUGAGAAUUCAACAGAGGAUCAAGCAAGUACCACAUCUGAAGUGGCACAACCUACUACAGACCUACAAAGUGAAUACUAUUCCACAGAUCAGACAGAAUAUGCACCUGAGUAUUCAACAGAUGAUCAAACCGGUACCACAACUGAAGCAACAGAAACUACUGCAGAGCUCCAAAGUGAAUACUAUCCCAUAGAUCAGACGGAGGCUUCGUUUGAGAACCUAACAGAGGAUGAAGCCAGUACCACAAAUGUAGUAACAGAACCUUCUGAAGAGCUAAAAAGGGAAUACUAUGUAAGAGAUCAAACAGCAGUUGUAUCUGAGUAUUCAACAGAGGGUCAAACCGUUACCACACCUUCAGUGAUAGAACCUACAACACAGAUGCAGACUGAAAAGUAUCCCACAGAUCAGACAGAAGCUGCAUCUGAGUAUUCAACAGAGGGUGAAGCUAAUACUACAACUGCAGUAGCAGAAUCUGCUACAGAGCUACAAAAUGAAACCAGUUCCACACAUCAGUCAGAACCUGCAUUUGAGUAUUCAACAAAGGGUCAAACCAGUAAUCCACUCUUAGUAACAGAACCCACUACUGAGACACAAAGUGAAUACUAUCCUUUGGAUCAGACAGAGGCUAUAUCUGAAUUUUCAAUAGAGGAUAUUUCAGAAAGAUAUUCAGAGGACUUGGUCUUGCUAUCUGGAGGUGAUUAUAAAUCUGAUAUUGUCGAUUACAUGGAUGAAAAUAGUACCGUUUCUCUUUCAUUGCUUACUUUGUCUCCAGAUGAAUCUGACAGAACCACAUUGCUCAAAACUUACCAAAAUUCGCGCUCAGUGGUCAAUCCUAGUCGAACAAGAAGCAUUGCAAGUUCAUUAGCAUUAUUAGCAAAACCGCAGGAGACUGCCCAAAAUUGCUGCACCACAUCCAACUGA